ACACACACACACACACACACACACACACACACACACACACACACACACACACACACACACAAGCACACACACACACACACACACACACAAGCACACACACACACAAGCACACACACACACAAGCACACACACACACACACAUACACAAGCACACACACAUACACACACACACAAUGCACAACGUUCAAUGUAAAAAAAUGUUUGUUUACUUUACUUUUAUUUAUUUAAUAACAUAUUUGGUUUAAAAAUAGCUUGACGUCUGUGACGUCCUGACGUAAGUGACGUCAGUCGUCGUUUCUAGGACAGUCGUGAUGCCUCUUUCGGACAGAAUAUACUGCGCUCAGCAGAUCAACAUCCCACCGGAUUUACCAGACAUCCUCAAACAGUUCACUAAAGCUGCUAUUAGGACGCAGCCUCCAGAUGUGCUGCAGUGGUCUGCUGACUAUUUCACAGCUCUAUCUGAAGGUGAACCUCUUCCAGUCAAAGACAGGCUGGAAAUAUUUGCAAAAACACCGAAUACAGACAACACACUCACUCCAGGUCUCCUCAAAGUCCUUCAUGAACAGCUUUCAUCCGAGGAGAGUGUUAGUAGAGAAAAGUUAGUGCAGAAGUGGACAGACCUGCGUCUGCCAGCUGAACAGCUCGACACCCUGCUCAGUCUCGGGAACUUCAGCACGCAGGUCCACUGGAUGCACUUCGUCGCUCUCGGGUGCAGUGCUUUGGGUGGAACAAUCAUCAGUGCUCUGAAGUUUGCGUGUGAGAUCCUGAGUGACGACCCGGAGGGGGGAGAAGCUCGAAUCCCCUUCGAUACCUUCGUCAGUCUGUACAGGUAUCUGGCUGAGCUGGACGGAGACAUACCUCAGGACGAGAUCGACAGGUUCCUGUUCCGCCUGCAUGAGCCUGUGACACAGAGAGGUGGGAUGGUCCAACCGGCUGAUUUCAGUGACCUCCACGUGUAAGAGGUGCGAGAGAACAGAUGGUGUUCAGAUUCUCUCUCUCACCAGGCUGGGCUUUAAACGUCUUAUGUAACCGCACUAAUGAUGAAGCAGGAUUCCACCUUUAACCCUUUAAAGCCUGGACAUAAUUUAUUUUUUUUUAUUAAUCUUAUUGAUGUAUCGUCAGUUUUUCUGUAAAAUCAGCAAAAACAAAAAUAAAACACAUUACGGACUCCAGGGUCAUGUGAUAAAGCACCA